AAAGGUCUGAGAAUAUUAUCAGUUUUUGUUUAAAAAUUAAUUUCUUGAAUCCCAACUAAGUUUACUACUCAUGUUGGGUAUGCGAGACAAAUUUAAUCUUCUGAAGAUAAUAUUUUUACCUUUCUUAUUGUAAAUUUAAUAUUAAAAUCACGUAAUCGCAGACACAAUUGCAUUUAUAAAACCUUCUUCAAUUCAUAAUAUAUAAAAGUUGAUGGUCUCUUUUUUAUCUCAGUUCGAAUCUGGUAGCUCACGAAACAACAUGAAUCAUCAAAUACGUUUCAGGAGUUUAUUUCUCGUCGUAUAUUUCAACAUUAUUGUAAAUGCUUCUCCGAUUCAAAACUAUCUGGAAAGAGAAAGACACCAAUGGGAAAGAGAAUUUUCUUAUGUUGUUUCAAUACGAAAAAAUGGAAUAUAUAAUUGUGGUGGAGCUAUCAUAGAUGAAUUGACCAUUUUAACUGCUGCUCACUGUGUUGAUAGAAGUAUUAAGUCAAAUGUAAUUCGACAAUUAACUGUAGUAACUGGAUCGGAUCAGAUGUAUCAGGGUGGAACGAUACACAAAGUUUGCAGAGGUACUUUCUAUCCUGGAUAUGAACGCAAUAAAGUUGGUUCCAAGCCAGAUGAUAUUGCUGUAUUGACGUUAUGCGAGCCUAUGAUUUUUAAUGAAUACCAAAAUAAAAUAAAUUUACCAAGUUCAGAUUUCAUUGACAAUACUACAGCCGUAGUUGCAGGAUGGGGAUAUGAAAAUUACGAAGAGAAGGAAUUGAGUUGCUACAUACAAAAAUUCAAUCCAAAAAUCAUACAUAGCAAUCAUUGUAUGCCUUAUGGUUAUUAUAAACUGAAAAAGGGACAAUUAUGUGCUAUUCAUAAAGCUACACAGGGUCCAUGUAGGGGAAUAAGUGGAAGUCCAUUAGUAUCCAGAAAAGAAAUAAUAGGUAUCGUCUCUUGGGGUCCUCCUCGUUGCAGUACAGGAGAUCCUGAAGUUUACACUAAUGUUUAUGAAUAUUUAAGUUUUAUCACACUUGUUAAAAAUAACUUAAUUUUUUAUUAAAUAACAUCAAAGUUUAAAAAAAUAUUAUUUUAGGUGUACAAAAUGUGGUAUAGGAAAAUGAACAUGUACAACUUUCACAAUGGAAUAAUUUCGUUUCAGCUAAAGAAAAACUGGUACAUGAUCAUGUCUGUUUCAAGUAUACGAUCGUGUACAUGAAAAUAUACUUAAUCUUGUACACUUGUGGUCAUCGAUGCCUUCAUCGGAAGAACGUGUUGCAUAGAUGACUACAAGUAUACAGUGAUUAAAUAAAUAAUGCUGUGCUAUUUAGGUAAAAACUGAAUAGAAAACCGUUUUUAUAUUUCCAAAUGAUAUGUAGUACCAUUAAAACCAAGAUAUAUUUAAGAGAUGGUGAUUUUCUAAAAUCACUGAUCGAAAGAGCAUGUAUUGGGAGAUCAGGGUGAAUACAUUUUGCUUACCGGGGAUACAUUUUUUUAAAACAUUCGAAUUAAAGAUUUCUAAGCAAAGUUAAGAAUAUUUAUGCGUGAGUAACCUAAAGUAUAAAAAUGCCGAUUGUAAGAAGGAAAUACAUUCCCUAUUCUAAAUGCCUUUUUACUGGGCAAGUCAUAACUGCAACGGAAAGAACUAGAGGAAAUUAGGGAGAUUGAGCCCGUGAGAAGUCAGCUCAAAAGAGUCUUUUGAUAUAUGCGACAAAAGUACUCAUACUUUUUAGUACCUAUUUUAUGAAUGUAAAAUAUUAAUUAUAAUAAAAUAAGUCUUCUUUUUUA